AUGGCCAUCUUCAAUUUUUCCUACAUCUGUAAGUUCCACUGGCGUUAUGAUGGUGACUAUCUCAAGCCACUACCUGAGCAUAUGGCUGAGAGGAAGAUGGAGUUGCAUCAGGCAAUCAAUAAAAUGGAACAAGGUGGUAGUGCAGAUGGUAUUCUUCAGGUUCGUGCUGAUCGUAUACAAUCAGAUCUUGAGGAGCUACUGAGGGCUUUGGCUGAACGUUGCAAGAAACAUGGGGUACAUGUUAAGUCAACCACACUAAUUGAUCUUCCCCCUGGUAUCUUCUGUACCUCCUUGCUUUAUUCUGAUCAUCCAACUAAGUUGUUUAGCUUCUGA